AACGUUGGUGUAUAUUUCAUUUCCCUUUGGGUGUGGUCAAGGAAUUGGUCUAGUCUACAACACAAUGAAACCUCACGUGCAAUAAGCUGUAAUUUUUUGUCUUUUAUGUUUAUUGAUUGAAACUUUGAAAACAAUCCUAUCCUAUUUAAAUCCCACAAACCUUUUCUUCUCACAAACAUAAUCAAAAGGCUCUCUUUGUUUUCUCUUUUGGGUAUAUGUAAUGUUCAUUUCUUUCACCUCUUUCACUCUUCAAUAAUUUUUAGUUGAUUAGUGAUUAAUUAAUUAGUCACAAAAUUAUGGCACUUGAAACUGUUGUUUACCCACAAGAUCCAUUUAAUUAUAGUUACAAAGAUAAUUACUUCAACUCAUUGAGCAGUGAUUAUGUUAGUGUUACUACUAAUCUUGAAGCUGAAGAACAAGAGAAUGUUCUCCUAGGAAUCAUCAACAACAACGUUGAACAACAACAACAACAACAAAAUUUCCAUGCAAAUUGGGAUUCUUGUUCUGUUAAAGAUCAAUGGCUAGAAUAUUCACACUCUUCAUCUCCUGAAAUCUGCACCGUUGAUCAAACUAUAACAGCACCUUCAUUGCUUAUUCCUCCUUCUUCUUCUACCACCAUGGAAGAAGCUACAACAACUGCCACUUGUCGAAGAAAACGACGUCGAAUCAAGAGUGCAAAGAACAAAGAAGAGAUUGAAAAUCAAAGGAUGACUCACAUUACUGUUGAAAGAAAUCGAAGGAAACAAAUGAAUGAAUACUUGAAUGUUCUUCGAUCUUUGAUGCCUUCUUCAUAUGUUCAAAGGGGUGACCAAGCUUCAAUUAUUGGUGGAGCAAUAAACUUUGUGAAAGAGUUAGAACAACUUUUACAAUCCAUGGGGGGCCAAAAGAAAACACAAGAGAAUAUUGGCUUAAAUAAUGGACCACCUUUUUCUGAGUUCUUCACUUUUCCUCAAUACACAACAAGUGCAACAACAACAACAACUCAUAACACCAACAUGGUCACAAUGGAACAAAAACAAUGGGCUGUUGCAGACAUUGAAGUUACAAUGGUAGAUAGUCAUGCCAAUAUGAAAAUUAUGUCCAAGAAAAAAACAGGACAACUUAUGAAGAUUGUUGUUGGGUUACAAAAUCUUAGGCUUACAAUUCUUCACCUAAAUGUUACCACUUUGGAUGAUAUGGUCCUUUACUCAAUUAGUGUCAAGGUAGAGGAGGGGAGUCAGCUGAAUAGUGUGGAUGAAAUUGCGGCUGCUGUGAAUCAACUAUUAAGGACGGUCCAACAAGAACUGGAUUAUCAACUAAAUUGAAUGAAUGAAUGAAUGAAUCAACUUGACAACAUUAAUUUAAUUUUCUUGCUUAAUUUAUUUUAAAAUUUGUCUAUGAACACCUUCUCUAAAGUUCAGUAAUUUGGGAUAUAUAAAUGUGACUGUGUCUAUUGAGAAUAUUAGAGACGACGAUAAUGUGUGUACUUAGCACUUUAUUUUGUCCUAAUCAUUUUUUCUAAUACCUAGUUGAAAUGUGUUAAUUAGGGUGAAUGUAACCAACUGUACCUCACAAUAAGUCUAUGUGAAUUACAAAGUCCAUUUCAAUAGUAAUAAGCUACAAAUAGGCUAUGCUAUGCUUGAUCGAUCAAAGUUGACAUUUACAUUAUUAUUAUGAUUAUGA